AUGUCCCUAAUUGGGGUACGCACCUUCACGCUUGGCCAUCCACAGCUCGGCAGUAUCACUGGCCGCCUGGUCGAUCAACAGCACGCCGAUGGUCUGCCGGUGACCGAGCCUGUGGUUCAUUUCCGUUCCAUCCCCUAUGCCACCAUCCCGGGCCGUUUCAGGCAAAGUGUAGUACUAGAUCGUAUCCCUGACGACUUUGAUAAUCGGCCUCGGGGAGACUUCACUGAGUACAGCGCUGCGUGUCCGCAGGUGCCCCAGCCAACAGGACGAGGCAGUGCAACUGGGGGUUUUGUCCCUGGGGAGGAGGAAAUCAAAUACGAUGAGCAGACUUGUCUCAACCUGACCAUCUCUGUCUCUGCGAAGGCCUUGGAACGGAAUGGAUCGCACCCCAAGGGGCUUAUCCCAGUGCUGGUCUAUGUACAUGGUGGUGGCUUCGUCGAAGGAAAAGGCCAUGUGAGCGCCCUCCAUGACACGACCAAGAUGGCUGAACUAGCUGCACAGGAGGGCAAUGAUGUUGUGAUUGUGUCGAUUGGAUACCGGCUCAACUGGCAGGGGUUUAUCACCUGCUAUGACCUUCUCGAAGAGGCGAGGGAAAAUGGGGAGCCUGCAUUUAUUUAUGGGCUGCGAGACCAGCGCAACAGCUUCCUCUGGGUCCAAAGACAUAUCGCAGGCUUUGGUGGCGAUCCAGAGAACAUCACGGCGUUUGGCGAGUCAGGAGGAGCCGCCUCGCUCUUUAUGCACGCCUGUUCCGAUGUGCCUGUGUUCCGCCGAGUCAUCAUCCAGAGUGGCUCGGCGAACGUCACCACUAACUGGACACUCGAUGAGUGUGAUGCACACUAUCACCGUCUGUUGUCAUAUCUCGGAAUCGAAGGAGCGACGCGCGCAGAGCGGCUGAAGGCCCUCCGUGAGGUGGAAGUCUCACGCUUGAUCGACUUCAUUCGAGAGACCAAUACCACGGUGAUGCCGCCUUUCCUUGGCCCAGAGAGUGGGUUCUUCCCGCAGCAGCCCUUCUGGACCACCCAGGGCAAUAUUCUAGCCAAUUGCCCCUGGAUCCAUGAGAUAAUGAUUGGAGACGACUCAUGUGAAGGACACCAGUUCAUGCCCCUGCUGAAGAACAUGUACCCUAGCGACUUCAUUGCUCAGGUCUAUGCCGUUCUCGGUGAGGAGCACGCCCCUCGGUUGCUAGGGGCUUUAUGA